UAAACUCGAAGAAAUUUAGCGGAAGAAUAAAUUAAGCAUAAUUUGAAGUGAAGUAAUCAAAUUAAUUUGUUUGACUUUUAAGGAUCAUAGGAAAAAAAGAUACAAUUAGGAUAUACACCUCAUUGAGCAAUAAGUUUGAGAUGUUAAAAGAUUGUUGAAAUUUCAGUUUAUUUAUCUGGUCAUGUCUACUCCUUUAACUACUAAGAGGCAACUCAAAAAUACAAAUACUGGAAUAGAUAUUUCAGUUCCAGGAUUUCAAGAGGAAAGUGCACCACUCGGAGGAGUUUCAAUAUUGUAUGAAAUUUCUGUUUUAACCACUCUAGAAUUAUUCAAAACAUCAUUACACAGUGAAGAAGAUGUUGUCCAUUUUUCAAUUUUCAAAGCCUAUCGUGAAAUCAAUGAUCUGCAGAAUAAGUUAAGCAAAAAGUUCCCCAAAGCUGAUUUACCUCCUCUUCCAACUGCUGAUAAGCUGUCAUGUGAUCAGAAAGUUGAAACUCUUGACACGUUUAUGCAGUCUGUAGCCAAGAAUGUUGAUUUAUGCAGCUCCUCUACUUUUGUGCAAUUCAUUGGCUUAAAUUCUUCAAAGCAGCAUAAUGUUUCUAAAAUCGGUUCUGCAGCUACUCCAAGCGAAUCAGAAGUUUUCCCUAAAAUGAAAUUUGGAGAGAAAAGUCAAACAUCUUCAAGUAGCUUGUUUGAACAAAUGAAGAUACCCGGAGAAAGCAGUAACUCCAAAAACAUUAAAACUGCCCCUCAGAGCCUCUUUGAUGAGUUUGAUGAUGAUAGUUUAUUCAGUUCAAAAUCAUAUCAGAAAAAGAAAGAACAGUCUAAUGAAACUGAGAAAAAAACAGAGAAGAAAGCUGUUUCAAAUAAACAAAAAUCUGUGAAAUCUGACUCUGAGAAAGUUGUUGAAUCUGAUAUUAUAAUUCAAGAUAGAAAAUUUGGGGAUGUAUCAUUAUUUGAUGAGCAAGAUUUUGGUGAUUACAUCACAAAAGAUGAAGAAGCUUUAUUUUUAGUGACACCCUCUGAUGAAAAGAAAAAGAAUAAUACCUUAAUUACUAGACCUAAUGAUACAUUUCUAUCAGCUGAAGAAAUCGAAGACUCAAAGGAAAAUUUGGAUGAUUUGCUGGACUUGUCGCCCUUACCUAUUGUUCCUCCUCCAUCUGAAGUCAAGAUAGAAAGUAGUGAACCAACUAUCUCAUCAAAACCCGUACCCUUGCCAAGGAAGAAAUCUUUAGGGAAGAUAGAAAUGACCGAGAAUAAAAAACCAGAGGUGUUGCCCCGUAAAGUGUUUUUGAACAAGAAUGAAAAUGUUUCAAAACCUAAACCGCCAGUCACUUCACCGAAACCAAGUGUAGGAGGGAUGAAACCAAAACCACCUCUGAAACCAAAACCGCCACCAAAAACCUCAAAAAGGUCGGAAACUGGAUCUGCUGAUUUGGAUUCUGAGAAUGCUAACAAAGCUGAAUCUAUUGAUAAUUCAUCUUCUAGCAUAACAGAUGGAUUAAAAGAAUUAGAUAUUAUUAAAUACAUCGAGCAAGAGGAAAAGUCUUUGGUUUCAAACCUAAGUCUUUUUGAUUAACUGUUUCGAGAAUAAAUUAUUAUCACCACUUUCUAUCAUCCUAUUAAUAAUGUAUGUAUUUUUUUAUUAAAAAAUUUUUGAUUUUAAAGGAGAUAGUGACUUUUCGUGUUGUAAAAAUAAUUGAAAAUUGUAUAAUUUCACAGUCUAUCUAUCAUCUAUGUUUAAAUGCAUUGUGAUUAUUUCUACAAGUAUGUUAGCUUUCAUUGAAAUAUUUUUUUCUGAAAAAAUUUGGCGUAAUCGAUUAUUGUUAAUUUUUGUACUCAUGAUUUUAUUUGAAUUUAAU